AUGAACCUGCGUCGGGCUAACCUGCGUCGGGCUAACCUGCGUCUGGCUAACCUGCCUCGGGCUAACCUGCGUCGGGGUAACCUGCGUCGGGGUAACCUGCGUCGGGAUAACCUGCGUCGGGCUAACCUGCGUCGGGCUAACCUGCGUCGGGCUCACCUGCGUCGGGCUAACCUGCGUCGGGCUAACCUGCGUCGGGCAAACCUGCGUCAAGCUAACCUGCGUCGUGCUAACCUGUGUCGGGGUAACCUGCGUCGGGGUAACCUGCGUCGUGCGAACCUGUGUCGGGGUAACCUGCGUCGGGCUAACCUGCGUCGUGCUAACCUGCGUCGGGGUAACCUGCGUCGUGCUAACCUGCGUCGGGGUAACCUGCGUCGGGCUAACCUGCGUCGGGCUAACCUGCGUCAAGCUAACCUGCGUCGGGCUAACCUGCGUCGGGGUAACCUGCGUCGGGCUAACCUGCGUCGGGCUAACCUGCGUCGUGCUAACCUGCGUCGGGGUAACCUGCGUCGUGCUAACCUGCGUCGGGCUAACCUGCGUCAAGCUAACCUGCGUCGGGCUAACCUGCGUCGGGGUAACCUGCGUCGGGCUAACCUGCGUCGGGCUAACCUGCGUCGGGCUAACCUGCGUCGGGGUAACCUGCGUCGUGCUAACCUGCGUCGUGCUAACCUGCGUCGGGGUAACCUGCGUCGGGUUAACCUGCGUCGGGCUAACCUGCGUUGGGCUAACCUGCGUCGGGGUAACCUGCGUCGGGCUAACCUGCCUCGGGCUAACCUGCGUCGCGGUAACCUGCGUCGAGGUAACCUGCGUCGGGCUAACCUGUGUCGGGGUAACCUGCGUCGGGCUAACCUGCGUCUGGCUAACCUGCGUCGGGCUAACCUGCGUCGCGGUAACCUGCGUCGGGGUAACCUGUGUCGGGGUAACCUGUGUCGGGCUAACCUGCGUCGGGCUAACCUGCGUCGGGGUAACCUGCGUCGGGGUAACCUGUGUCGGGCUAACCUGCGUCGGGCUAACCUGUGUCGGGCUAACCUGUGUCGGGGUAACCUGCGUCGGGCUAACCUACGUCUGGCUAACCUGCGUCUGGCUAACCUGCGUCGGGGUAACCUGCGUCUGGCUAACCUGCGUUGGGCUAACCUGCGUUGGAGUAACCUGCUAUGGCUAACCUGCAUCCGGUAA